AUGGCCGUCGUUCGGAGGCAAAUUUUAGUCUUAAUUCAACUUUUUAUAGUGUUUUCAGCCGACGGACAAACAAACCAGAGUCUUACAGAUACUGGAAGUAGUUCAGGCUGUAUUUGUGACCUGGUUGUGAAUGGCUGCGAUCCAAAUUGCUGUUGUGAUGCUGACUGCUCUGCUACAGAUAAAGAAGCAUUUAUCGAAUGUGCAGAAUCCAAGAAUGUUAUUUCUGAUGACCGGAUUUGUGUUUCGGAUCAAAUGAUUUUCAUCAAAAAUGUUCCGUUUGCCACAAAGAACACAGGAGAUGGAUUGUUCUGUAUUUAUCACAAUAACAACAAAGACCAAGAACAAUAUUCCGAUGUCAAUGUUGUUACAAAUAAUGAAGAUUUUAUACAAAGUGUAAAUGCCAGAAACUUUUAUUCCUAUGAGAAGGACAAUACUGAUGGUGAUAGUGUUGUCAAUGAGCAUUAUAAGGUUGGGGACAAAAUAAUUCUUGUGCUCGCAAAUCAGGUUAAGGGAUAUCUAGCACUUCCAACUACAUUUGAAUCUUCAAGUUGUAAUGACAACAACGCUGCAGGCUACUUUCAGGAUGACCUGACUGAAUGUGUGAGAAGUUUCUCAAAACUAUCUUCGCAGUGUUCUGAAAUGACCACAUUAUCGGCUGCUAGUUACUACAGAAAUUUUCAAGUUGCAAUGACGCCGAAAGCGAUCACUUUGCCGGAUCUUAAUACAACUUCCAACUCCAGUGCAAUACGUGAAAUUUACAACACAUCGUUGUUUUUCACACCUGAGUUGUCGUCUUUACUGUGCCGUGAAGAUACUGGAGUGUUGAAUCAAUGUGGUUUUACUGUCCCUCCUGUGCCGUUGUACAACGUGACCACAAAAUCUUGUGAGAAUGUUGUGACAGAGGUCUCUUACACAUUUACUUACUCCAAUGAAAGUUCAAACUUGGAGCGGCUAAAAGUCGCAUUUGUUCUUGCAAAUAUUCGGGAAAAUUUCGUGCAAAAAUUUUCUAUCAAAUUUCUAAAGGAAGGAAAACAAGAGACCUUUAGAAAGUCUGGAAAUCCUGGUUAUUUGGUGGAUCAGCCAGUAAUGGCGGGCCUUCUCCAAACGCAGUCCGCAACUGAUAAGAAGGCAAUUAUUCUGAGCACAAACUCCAAAGAAUGGCUGACACUUCCAAAGGCAUCGCUUGAUGGGUCUUGUAGCUACGGAGUUAACGAUAGAUUAUCAGUGACGUUUAAUAUGAACGUUAGAUCUGGUUGCCUCAUAAGGCUCAACCAAUCGUCGGACUGUUCCUACCUUCAGGACAUCGUCUACCAAGCGCUACUUGGCAUCAAUCCUCCAGACUAUGUUGCCACUUUUGGAAAUUCAGAUGUCAAGAUUGUGGCUGACUGGGUGAAAAUUAUCAAUAAGCCCACGAAUUCGCCCAGUGGCGGUGAUGGUGUGUGCUCGGGUAUGGUACUUGGCAUGCAUAUUGAAAUUUUGUUUGCAAACGUUGGUUAUUUGGCCAACCCUCAAGCUAAGAUUGUCGGUGUCCGUUUCAAGUAUGAACCCGCUCAAACAAUAACAUACCAGUGUACUGGUCAAUUCUGCUCAGGCGGUGGUUCGUCCAGUAACUCUAUUGAGGUCGUCUCAUCCGCGUCAUUCAUCGACGUGUCGAAGCCGCCAAUAUCUGAUCAAAAAUCUCUACCGGAAUUUCAGUCCAAAGCACCUUCGGAUUUCUUUCAUCCGUUUCUCUGAUGUGAAGUUGGAAUCACGUGAGUUGC